AUGACUAUUAGUACUACCGAGAAGCCUUCCGUGGAAAAACGUGACUCGGACUUAUUUCACGAGUACAGCAACACCGCCGACCGUAAAGUUGACUCUACCCGGAACAUCAAUGCCAAGCUCGCUAAUCCUCUUGCUGGACUAUCCCAUGAACAGUUAAUCCAGGAUGCAAAGGACUUCGCGGCACGUUAUGGUUUGGAUGAUCUAUCGCUCGAGUUACAGAAGGGUGCUCUCAUCGCGCAGGACACUACUCUCUUCGAGACUCUGCCCCUGCUAGAUGAGGACGAUAAGAUCGCUCUUAGGCGGGAACUCACUCAUCGGUGGGACCAGCCAAAGAUGUUGUAUUAUCUGGUCAUUCUGUGCUCUGUCGCCGCAGCCGUACAAGGCAUGGAUGAAACUGUCAUCAACGGCGCUCAACUUUUCUUUCCGAAGCAAUUUGGCAUCGAUCCCAAUACCACGGACGGUAAUGCCAGUAAGAACCAAUGGCUCGUUGGCCUGGUCAACUCUGCACCUUAUUUAUGCUGUGCCGUCCUGGGUUGUUGGUUAACCCAUCCGCUAAACCAAUGGUUUGGACGUCGGGGAACUAUCUUCAUAACGGCACUAUUUUCGUUCCUCACUUGCAUAUGGCAAGGCGUCACCAACUCCUGGGAACAUCUUUUCGUUGCUAGAUUCAUCCUUGGCAUCGGCAUUGGUCCUAAGAGUGCAACAGUUCCUGUAUAUGCAGCGGAGUGCACGCCUCCACCCAUUCGUGGUGCCCUCGUAAUGAUGUGGCAAACUUGGACAGCCUUCGGUAUCAUGCUCGGUUUUGUUGCUGACCUGGCUUUUUAUAGAGUCCCCGACAAGCCAAAUAUCACGGGUCUCAACUGGCGUCUUAUGUUAAGUAGCGCUGGUAUUCCCGCUCUCUGCAUUGUGCUUCAAGUGUUUCUGUGUCCCGAAUCUCCUCGAUGGUAUAUGAUGAAAGGUCGCUACAGGGACGCGUACAACUCCCUCUCAAGAUUGCGUCAUAAACCUAUCCAGGCCGCCAGAGAUUUGUACUAUAUUCACGUUCAGCUCGAAACUGAGAAGCAGAUUACUCGAGAUCGGAACAAACUGUGGGAGCUAUUUACCGUCCCACGGAAUCGUCGUGCUACACUUGCAUCUGGUAUCGUCAUGUUCAUGCAACAAUUCUGCGGUAUCAAUGUCAUCGCAUACUAUUCAUCCAAUAUUUUUUCGGAGGCCAACUUCAGCGAGAUUCAAGCACUGUUGGCAUCGUGGGGCUUUGGCAUGGUCAACUGGUUGUUUGCUUUCCCGGCCGUAUGGACCAUCGACACUUUCGGUCGCCGCAACUUACUCCUUACGACUUUCCCGUUGAUGACUGUCUUCUUGCUUCUGACCGGCUUUGCAUUCUGGAUUCCUGAAGAGAACGAACAUGCAAGGAUCGGUGUCAUCGCUCUGGGCAUCUACCUGUUUACGAUGGCGUACUCUCCUGGAGAGGGUCCGGUGCCAUUUACGUAUUCCGCUGAGGCAUUUUCUCUAUACAUCCGUGACUUGGGAAUGUCGUAUGCUACUGCAACGCUUUGGUUCUUCAACUUUGUUGUCUCCAUUACAUUCCCUCGGCUUCUUGGGGCGUUUAAGCCUCAAGGCGCUUUCGGUUGGUAUGCCGCAUGGAACGUCUUUGGGUUCUUUGCUAUAUUAUUAUUCCUCCCCGAGACGAAGGCGCUUUCCUUGGAAGAGCUGGACCAAGUUUUCAGCGUUCCGACGCAUGUACACGCUGCGUACCAGAUUAAAGCCCUUCCACACAACAUCAAGAAGUAUAUCUUUAGAAUGAACGUGCCAGACCUUCCACCGUUGUAUGAUCAUGAACAAGGAACUCAUAAAACGUACGCGCCUGGAGGGGCGGGCCAUGCAUGA